AUGAGUGUAGAAAAUCAUGAAAGUGAACAUCCUCAUAUAUCAUUAUCCGUGCCUGAAAUGAAACCAUAUUAUGAUGUGGUUGUUAUCGGAUCCGGGUAUGGUGGAAGUAUCGCUGCAUCACGAAAAGAAAGAUGGCCAGGAGAAUAUCCUACAAAAACUAUUGAUUGUUUUAAAGAAGUUCAAUCUGAAUCUGGUGAAAUACAAACGGGUAAAAAAACCGGAAUGUAUCAUCUUUAUUAUGGAAGUGAUCAAUCUGCUGUUGUAGGUUGCGGACUUGGAGGAACUUCUCUCAUAAAUGCUAAUGUUGCUCUUGAAGUUGAUAAACGUGUUUGGGAUAUGCCCGUUUGGCCUGAAGAAAUUCGUAAAGAUAAAGAAGGCAUAGAAUUGGCAGGAGCAAUGCUUCAACCUGUACCAUACCCUGAACAUUUUCCUGAACUCCAUAAACUUAAAGUUUUAGAAGAACAAGCAAAAAAACUUGGUCCUGAAUAUGCUAAAAAUUUUUAUCGUCCUCCAAUCACCGUGACUUUUGAAAAUCGAGUUAAUUCUGCUGGUGUUAGGCAAUCAAAGUCAACACUUACUGGAAAUGAUUCCACUGGUGUUAACGAUGGUAGUAAGAACAGCACAUUAAUGAAUUAUAUUUCUGAUGCAUGGAAUCAUGGCUGUGAAAUAUUUUGCCAGAUUGAUGUUCGAAGAAUUAAGAAAGACAAAGAAACCGGAAAAUGGGUUGUAUUUUAUGAGUGGUUAGAG